AUGAAUCGCGACACUGCUAUCGAAUGGACCUCUCGUAUCGGAAACGAACGAUUAACAAAAGACGACAUUUAUUGGGUGUGGGAAAUCACUGAAGAUAAGCUCACACCAUACGGGAGCAGAUUCCCGUUUGUGGGCGAAGAACUGGAUGCGGAAUUUAUGGUUUUCAAGGAGGGCGAACAAGAAAAACUUGCGAGGAAGCUGCUAGAGGAGGAAGGUCUCGGGCACUUGGAGUUUGCCACUCGUCUAGAUUGA